AUGCACCCCACCCCUCUAAUAAUAUCCACAAGCCUCAUUAUUAUUUUUACCCUACUUUUCUACCCCUUACUCACAACACUUUCCCCAACUCCAAAACCCCAAAAUUGAGCCAUUAAACAAGUCAAAACAGCUGUUAAACUAGCAUUUUUUGUUAGCCUUCUCCCCUUAUUCCUAUUCAUCUCUGAAGGUGCAGAAAUCAUUACCACCAACUGAACCUGAAUAAAUACCCUAUUAUUUGAUGUAAACAUUAGCCUAAAAUUUGACUUUUACUCACUUAUCUUUACCCCUGUUGCCCUCUAUGUAACCUGGUCCAUCCUAGAGUUUGCCUCCUGAUACAUACAUGCUGACCCAAACAUAAACCGAUUUUUUAAAUACCUUCUAACCUUCCUUAUUGCCAUAAUCAUUUUAGUUACAGCCAACAACAUAUUCCAAAUUUUCAUUGGAUGAGAAGGUGUAGGCAUCAUAUCUUUUCUUCUCAUCGGGUGAUGAUAUGGUCGAGCAGACGCAAACACUGCUGCGCUCCAAGCAGUACUAUAUAACCGAGUCGGAGACAUUGGACUAAUCUUCGCAAUAGCCUGAAUGGCCACAAACCUAAACUCAUGAGAACUUCAACAAAUUUUUUCUACCCCCCACAACCUUGACCUCACCUUUCCCCUCUUGGGCCUUAUCAUUGCUGCAACUGGCAAAUCUGCUCAAUUUGGCCUCCACCCGUGACUUCCCUCUGCUAUAGAGGGUCCCACCCCGGUAUCUGCCCUACUGCACUCAAGCACAAUAGUGGUUGCUGGGAUUUUUCUACUCAUCCGAACAAGCCCCUUAAUAGAAAACUACCCAAUAAUCUUAACAACAUGCUUAUGCCUAGGCGCCCUAACAACCCUUUUUACAGCAACAUGCGCCCUCACCCAAAAUGACAUUAAAAAAAUUGUUGCAUUCUCAACCUCAAGUCAGCUAGGUCUAAUAAUAGUUACCAUCGGCCUAGGCCAACCUCAACUUGCCUUCCUACACAUUUGCACCCAUGCCUUCUUUAAAGCCAUACUAUUUCUCUGCUCUGGUUCCCUAAUCCAUAGCCUAAAUGACGAACAAGACAUUCGCAAAAUAGGAGGAAUACACCACCUUGCCCCGUUUACCUCCUCCUGCUUAACAAUUGGCAGCCUUGCCUUAACAGGCACUCCCUUCUUGGCAGGGUUUUUCUCUAAAGAUGCAAUCAUUGAAGCCCUAAACACAUCCCACCUUAAUGCCUGAGCCCUUGUCUUAACUCUCAUUGCCACCUCCUUCACUGCCAUCUAUAGUCUUCGUGUAGUUUUCUUUGUAACCAUGGGCCACCCACGAUUCAACACACUAUCCCCUAUUAAUGAAAAUGACCCUGCAGUAAUCAACCCAAUCAAACGACUUGCCUGAGGCAGCAUUGUGGCCGGCCUAUUUAUUACUGCCAACAUUAUCCUCCCUAAAACCCCAGUAAUAACAAUACCACCCCUUCUAAAACUAGCAGCCCUGCUAGUCACAAUCACUGGCCUUCUUAUUGCACUAGAGCUGGCUAACCUAACAACCAAACAGUACAAACCAACCCCCACCCUAACAACCCACCACUUCUCCAACAUGCUUGGAUUCUUCCCAGCUGUUAUUCACCGCCUCCCCCCUAAAAUAAACCUAAUCUUAGGACAAUACAUUGCCUCUCAAAUAGUGGACCAAACAUGACUAGAAAAAGUCGGACCCAAAGCUGUCUUCUCAACCAAUCUCCCCUUAAUUACAACAACAAGCAAUGCUCAACAAGGAAUAGUAAAAACCUUCCUAGCCCUUUUCUUCCUAACAUUCACCCUGGCCCUUCUACUAUUAACCCUUUAG